UGUAGAGUGUCUUUCACACCCCCAGGUCUCAGAAGAAACUCUUCCUUUUCGAGUUUGUUUUAUAACAGGAUAAUUAUAAUGGAAAGUAAAGUAAAAGUUAACUGAAAAGAUUUGAUGACUGUUCUUUUCAAGAGGAACCCUGGUGUUAAUUUUGCAACACAUGGGAUAUCCCUUUUUGUUCUCCUUUCUGCUGCUUUGCAGUCCAGAACCAUCAGCAUAAUGAACCAUUCUUUACAUUGACCAUUCAGUCCAGCAUAUAAAUACCAGGCUGUAGCAAGCAGAGGCACAAUCAGUCAGAGGUUGCCUAACGAAACUCAACAUGGGAAAGGUAAGUCCUGCAGUUUCCGUUCUUGCAACAUAUUUUGAUUGCUAUAUGUUACUAAGAUACCUCAGAGUGGUAAAUCAUUCAUUAAAUUGCUAACUCUUCUCCACAGGUCAUUUUCUACGAGGACAGGAACUUCCAGGGUCGGCACUAUGAGUGCAGCACCGACUGUGCCGACCUGUCCCCUUACUUCAGCCGCUGUAACUCCAUCCGUGUGGACAGUGACUGGUGGGUGGCAUACGAGAGACCCAACUACAUGGGGUACCAGUAUGUCCUGAACAGGGGGGAGUAUCCUGACUACCAGCGCUGGAUGGGAUUCAACGACAACAUCAGGUCCUGUCGCACCUACCCACAUAACCGAGGGGGCAACUACAGGAUGAAGAUUUACGAGAGGCCUGAAUUUGGAGGACAGAUGAUGGAAUUCAUGGACGACUGUCCCUCAGUCUACGAUCGUUUCCGUAACCGUGACAUUCACUCCUGCCACGUGAUGGAUGGUCACUGGAUCUUCUAUGAACAGCCCAACUACAGAGGCCGACAAUACUUCAUGAGACCCGGGGAGUACAGGAAAUACAAUGACUGGGGUGGAUACAACUCCACCAUCGGGUCUUUCAGGCGCAUGAGGGACUUCUAGAGAGACACUGUAAAACAUAAUGUUGUCCAGUGUAAGUCUUGAUGGACACAAAUAAAAUGAUUGAACUUUCAAUUUAGUGCAAUGAGUUUUCAUGAAUCAUAUUGUUUCUAAUACACACAUUUUCAUUGUUGCGAUUUGACAGCUUACAACGGUUGAUAUGACAGAAUUUCUGGGAGUUAAUGGGAAGGAAAGUUCGAGAAGGGAUAAAAGAGCAUAAGGUCAGGACCAAUUACAAGCGAUGCGAAGGGGCGACAUGAAUACGGAGGUUAAAGUGUUGUAUAUGAAUGUGCGAAGUAUAAGAAAUAAAGUGGACGAGCUUGAGGCUCAGUUAGAAAUUGGCAAGUAUGAUGUUGUGGGAAUUACAGAGACAUGGCUACAAGAGUGCCAGGGCUGGGUACUGAAUAUCCAAGGGUACACCUCCUAUAGAAAAGACAGACAGAUGGGCAGAGUGGUAGCUCUGUUGGUGAGGAAUGAAUUUCAGUCCCUUGUAAGCGGUGACAUUGAAACAGGAGAUGUAGAGUCAGUAUGGAUAGAACUAAGGAAUUGAAAGGGUAAAAAGACACUAAUGGGUCUUAUCCACAGGCCCCCAAACAGUAGCCUGGACAGGGCGCAAGUUGAAUCAGGAGUUAAAAUUGGCAUGUAGCAAAGGUAAUGCUGUGGUUGUUAUGGGAGAUUUCAACAUGCAGGUAGACUGGGAAAAUCAGGUUGGUACUGGACUCCAAGAAAGGGACUUUGUAGAGUGCCUUUGUGAUGGAUUCUUAGAGCAGCUUGUAUUGGAACCUACCAG